AUGGGUGUGAGUAAAUUAGAUGUCUUGUACAGAAAGCUUCUCCUCACUAAACUUUUCAUCAGAGGAUGGGGAAAACCAGAGGAUCUGAAAAGAAUAUUUGAAUUCAGAAAGAUUAUUGGAAACAGGGAAAAAUGCCAGACGCUGGUUUCGAAAGAUUACCCAGUGUUCAUUGACAAGGUUGAGGAGCAAUCCGAUUGUAAAAUCCUUGAGGGGCACUUCAUUUCCCCGCUGGCUCAUUAUGUCCCAGGUAUCCUGCCAGUCGAGUCUCUUGUAGCAAGAUUUCAGUUCAUAAUACCCAGAAGAUGGAAUAGCAAGCACAGACCUGUGUGCAUUCAUUUAGCAGGCACUGGAGAUCAUCACUUCUGGAGGAGACGCACAUUAAUGGCACGCCCAAUGAUUAAAGAAGCCUGUAUGGCUUCCCUAUUGCUAGAAAAUCCUUAUUAUGGUUGUAGAAAACCUAAGGAUCAAGUACGGUCAUGUUUAAAAAAUGUCUCGGACCUGUUUGUGAUGGGAGGAGCUCUUGUUCUAGAAUCGGCAGCUCUUUUGCACUGGCUAGAGAGAGAAGGCUAUGGACCACUAGGGAUGACUGGAAUAUCCAUGGGAGGACAUAUGGCUUCACUGGCAGUGACAAACUGGCCUAAACCAUUGCCAUUGAUUCCGUGUCUUUCCUGGUCAACAGCUUCUGCAGUCUUUACUACGGGUGUGUUGAGCAAGGCAGUGAACUGGAGAGAGCUGGAGAAACAGUAUUUUACGCAAACUGUUUAUGAAGAGGAAAUCAUUCAAAUGCUUGAAUACUGUGGAACAGAUUCUUUCAAGAUGGGACAAGACUUUGUCAAAAACUUCCCUGACAGUGUGGACAGUCUGGAGGAUGUGGACGUGACUUCCAGAAUGUUUGAUCUUGAUUCCUCAAACCAGACUGUACCUAAAGAAGCUGUUCAUAGCUUUACCACAAAUAAAAAUACUCUAAGUGCCUCAUCAGAGAGACUGUUGAUACAAGAUACUCCUAAAAUGCAGUGCAUAAAUCAAACAUUUUCAACCGAUUGCAAUAGCAAUAAAAACUUAAUCAGUCCACAAGGACACAGGAUAAAUAAAAGAAGAAAGAGUGACACUUUACAGAGAGAAUCCUUAAGGUUCAUGAAAGGAGUCAUGGAUGAAUGUACCCAUGUAGCUAACUUCUCAGUUCCAGUUGACCCAAGUUUAAUCAUAGUUGUACAAGCUAAGGAGGAUGCGUAUAUUCCUCGAACUGGAGUGCGCAGUCUUCAAGAAAUCUGGCCCGGAUGUGAAAUUAGGUAUCUGGAUGGAGGUCAUGUCAGUGCCUACCUCUUCAAACAAGGACUCUUUAGACAAGCAAUUUAUGAUGCAUUCGACCGCUUUCUUCAGAAAUAUGCAGUUUAAAAAUCUUCAUAAGGUAUUAAAGCUGAUCUCAUCUGUACUUCUGCUUACUGGAACUCAUACGUGGAAAACAAGCCUCUUGCAACGUUGAGUAGAUGGUCGCUGACUUUGACUGUUGUAGGUAACAAUAUCAAAAAUGGUUAAGUACCAGCAUUACUUUCAUAUCAACCAAAUGCCAUUCACUUGCUUCAGCUUUACCUGUGAAAAAACAAUGGCAGCAUUUGUUAGUGCACGAAUGGUUCAUGUACUUCAUGUUUAAUCACAUUGUAUAUUCCUUUAAUUCUGAAUAAAUUCUCGAUCAGGUAUUAGUUGAAAACAGACUAACUAUUGCAAGAAUGUAAAAUUUUCUGUGGGGCU